CGAAUGAUUUCAUGAUUCUGGAAUAAGCUUAUUCUGAAAAAUCAGGAUGCAGGCAGGCUCUUGUGGAAGUACUUUGAUAUGAAUCGAAUGGAAACUAAUGAAUGUAGGAUGGAUUUGCACAUGGUUCAGGACCUGACUGAUUUUGCUGAGAUUUAUGAUGUGGAGCAGUUACAGAUCCAGAAGAGAACUUUCACUAACUGGGUAAAUGCUCAGCUAUCAAAGAGAAAGCCUCCAGUGACAGUGUUGAACCUGUUCAAUGAUUUUAGAGAUGGAUCCAAAUUGUUGGACCUGCUGGAGGUGAUGUGCAACCAGAGAAUGAAUCGAGAGAAAGGCAAAGGGACGUUCCAGCACCGGGCAAACAUUGAGAAAGCCCUUGCCUUCCUCAGGGGGAAAUCUAUCAAACUGGUCAACAUAAAUGUUCCUGACAUAAUGGAUGGAAAACCCUCCAUUAUUCUGGGACUGAUAUGGACCAUCAUCAUGCACUUCCACAUUGAAGAGCUGGCAAGCACGUUGUCCUUCAGUUCUCGGCAGUCGUCUCUGGAGUCGCUGACCAGUCUGGAUACACGUUCAACAAGCAGUAGUGCCCGGAGCAGCCCAGUGCCACCACGCGGGUCACCACUACACACACGCUUCAGAAUCUCUGCUAAAAAAGCUUUGCUGCUGUGGGUCAGAGAGCAGUGCCACAAGGCUGGCUGUACUUUGAAUGUGAAAGAUUUUAAGGCGAGUUGGAGGAGUGGUGUGGUGUUCCUGGCCAUCCUUUGUGCCCUGAGACCUGAUGUGGUGAAUUUACCCAAGGCCAAAAUCAGAAGUAACAGACAGAACCUGGAGGAGGCUUUCCACAUUGCUGAGAGAGAACUAAACAUACCCCGAUUACUGGACCCAGCAGAUGUGGAUGUCAGAGACCCAGACGAGAAGUCCAUAAUGACAUAUGUGGCUCAGUUUCUACAAUACUCCAAAGACGUACCUGUUUCAGAAGAGGACAUGCAGGUUCAGUAUCUCACUCCUCCUAAAAGCACUUCUCCUGUCAAUCUGCCCAGCAACUUCACACCUGCUAUUGCUGCCUCUCCCCUUCGACAGACCUCAGCCAGUCAGAAGGUCCACGAGGUUACAUGCUGGCUGGAGCAGGCCUAUCAGGAGCUGCUGGAGGGGUGGGUGUCUACAGAGGGUGAGAGCUACGCUGAGAGAUACCAUGUGUUCCAGACUUUUGUUGUGUCCUUUAAUGAACAGCGCCGACCUGUGAUGCCAUUGCUAACGGCGAUGAAGCGGACGCCACGACUGAGCGAUGAACAGCAAGCUCUUCGACACAUCUGGGAGUCACUUGCUGAAAAGCUGCGUGAAUAUAAAAUCGAGCUGGAUCUGAGUUUGCCAUCUCCUUUAGACACUGUGGGUCGCUGGUUACUAAGGGCUGAGGAGCUUUUAUCAGAUAGUGACGAUGCUCAGCAAGACCAUGCUCAAGCUGCCCAAGAAGCCUGUGAAAAGCAAGAGCUGCUUAAGUCAUGUUUAGAAGAGACGCCCCAACACAUGAAGACGUUCCAGAUAUUUCAGAAUAUGGAUGAGUUUGGAGAGAUGAUGGUUCCUACUGAUAAACUAGAUGAGAUUAAAAGAAGGUUCACUAGUGUGCGUGUCAGUGGAAAGUACCAUGGCAUUAGACUAGAGUACCAAGAGCACAGGCAUACCGUGAUGGACCUGCUGACUCAACUCACGCUCAAGCUGUGCACCUGGAAAAGAGCAUACUUUUCCCAGGAGGCUGUGCGGGUCCUGAUGCAGGACUGGAAUGAGAUUGUGAACAAGCAGAAUCUGCCUUCUUUGCUGGAAGCAGCUCUCUGCAAACUCAAACACACUGCCAACAAAUAUACCAGCAAAUCUGCUCUGGCGGGUGAGUCCAGCCAUGUAAGUCUUGAGGUGAAGAAUCUGGAGGCAGAGGCAGCAGCAACUCUCGAGGAUAUGAACAUGGUGAAAGGCACCAUGGGACGUGUUCAGACUGCCUGGGACUCCUACAGGGAUUCAUAUAGUUCUCUACAUGCCUGGCUAGAACAGGGAUCCCAGACUAACAGACAUGGACAUCGAGCUGAAGUGACAGUAGCAGAGAUGAAUGAGUGGAGCUCUCGCAGGGCUCAUCUGAACGAUGUGGGAAAUUACCUCAUAGAGAUCACAGAUCAACACACCAGCCACUCACUUUCUGAUGAUCUCUGCAGGAUCAACCUAAUGUGGGCUGAUUUUGCCAGGAGGACCCAGUUUGAUCUUGUUGAGGAGCAGAAUGUCACACCUGCUAGUCCUCAGACUCUGCAGGGUCUGAUCAAAGAAGCCUCCCAGCUUCUAAAGGAACCAGUGGAGGUCUUAUCAGGAUCACUUCAGACCUACAGGAAAAGACUACAGUUCAUGAUGAAGAAAAUACAGAAUGUGGAUCUGGAUUCCCUUUCACCUUCACUUGAGUGCUCUGCUGAAACCCUAAACAAAUUCAAGCAGGCCUUUCCAGAGGUGCUGCAGACUCUUUGUGAGGCGAUGGAAGUAUGUAAAGAAUUGCAACAGACUGUGUCCAGCCUGGAUGGACGUUUAGCAGAACUUUUGCUCUGGGAGGCUGAAGCUAGAGAGUUACAUGAUCUCAUAAAGGAAAAAGCCCAUAGACACCAAAGAGGGCAGAACUCCAGGACUCGGUUGCUGAUAUCAAGAGGUCUGCAGCUGGAAGGCCAGGUGGUAACGGAGGAGCAGGACCUGCAGGAGAUGGUGAUGUCGGGCCAGAAGAACUCCCCACUUCAGUACCUCAUUGCUUCAACCAUGCAGGACAGAGUUCGUGCGGCAGUUGCACAGUCACAGGAAGCUGUCGGGAUGCUUAGCUCAUUAGGAGCUCGAAGAGACAGAAGUCCUGUAGGACAUCCUCCACCACAAAAGGUCUUUGUCCAAGAGCAAAAAGUUGAGACUCAAAGCCAGAAGCUCCAAACAAUUACUCCAGCCCAGCCUUUCUCAGCACCUGAGGAUUCACAAUCGUCAGUUAUACUAAAGUCUCAGGAACUGUCUCGGCAGAGUGAGUCAGUCGAUCUUCCAAAAGCCCAAACACAACCUCAGUCAGUUCCUAUGAUUGUUGUUCAAGAUUUCCAGGAGGAAACGAAGAGUACUCCUGCACAAUUCUCCCUUCAAAGACAAGAAGUUGCAAAAACAAAGAGAAAGGAGGAAUUGAUUGAAGACGAACAUGACUGUAAACCUGAGGCCAGCACACAGGCACGUACGACCACUGCAGUCACAUCCCAAGCAAGCACUGAUGCACUGGAGAAACAAAGGAAACAGAAGCAAGAAAUGACCAAAGAUACAAACCAAAAACAACAGCAAGUUCAGAUUAAUCAGCAGCAUGCACCUACAAGCCAGCAACCGCAUAUUUCUAUGCAACAACAGACACAAGUACAGCAAACAACAACUAUUAUUAAACAACAGACUCAGAGUCAGCAGCAGCAAGUGCAAACUGUAAGCCAGCACUCGAUUAAGGUAAGGAAGUCUCAGGCACGUCUAGAGAAUAGGCCUUGGCUUCAAAAGAAGGCACAAGUUGAGGUUUCAGCCCCUGCACAACUGGGUAAACUGACUUCUGAAGUUCAGCUAAAGUCAACAGUUGUUAGUACACCUAAACCUCAGGUUUCUACACCUGAGCCCAUCCAAGCUCAAACCAGGUGGGUUACCCAGACACAAGUCAAAGUGACUCAAAUUCAGCCACAGCAAACUAUGACGCAAGCCAACGUUUCUCAGAUUCAGCAACAGAAAACUGUUACACAAACCAAAGUCCAGAAAGAGCAACACGUGACACAACCCAAAACGAGUCAAGUACAUCAACAGGAUCAAGUGGCUCAAGUCAGUGUGGGUCCAAGCCAGCAGCAGGUGACACAUGCCAAUAGUGGUCAAGUUCAGCAACAAAACCAAGUAACACAUACCAAAAUUGGUCAUAUUGCACAAUGGGAUCCAGUGACUCCGGACAGAGUGGGCCAAGCCCAACAACAACAGCGAGUAACACAAGCCAGAUUGGGUCAAACCCAGCAACAGCAACCAGUGUCUCAAAUGUUUCAACAGCAAUCACAGAUUACACCAUCUGGUACAUCACUAAUCCAAGCUCAGACUGUUAAAGGAGGUUCAGCCCAAAUCUCUGCUCAGAGACAUCCACAACCAUAUACAGCACCCUCAAUUAUACAGCCACAAAUGAUGACCCCAAAGCAACCAGAGAGACAAAUGAUAAAGCAAGCACAAUCAAAAACCUUUAUACCAGUUCAGCCACAAGUCAUGACCCGAAUGCAACCACCAACCAUGACUCAUACCCAGCCUAUUAUGUCCCAAAUUCACCAAUACCCACCAACUGUGGGAAAGGAAACACAAACCAUGGCUCAACCUAUAAGGCAUUCUAUCCCAUCAACCCAACCUCAAACAGUGACCCCAAAACAUCCACAGCAGAUUCACUUACAAGCGUUUACUUUGACAACUGCUCAUCCCAAAGGUUCAGCCCCUAUCCAGCCAAGAAUCAUUAGCAUGCCUCAGAGUCAACCACAAAACUAUAUUCCACCUCACCCUCAAAUGAUGAGCAUGGGUCAAACUCAACACACACAGAAUAUAGUACAGCCACCUUACAUCCAGCAAACCCAGUGGAGACCCAUUGUGCCUGAAGCAAUCACUCACAGUUAUCAUGAUGUUUCUCGUCAGGGUUCAACUCCAGCAGAAGUAUCGCCACAGGUUCAAUUUCAGAGUUAUCCACAGACUCCCAAAACGCAAUGGGCACCAGUAAGAGGCAGUCUUGUGACCCAGACAUACCCCAGUGUUUUAGGCCAGCCUCAAUCUCAAGUUUACCCUCCUUCUCAGGCACAAAACCCAUGGAUUCCAUUCAGAUCUGAACCAAUGGCACAGCCUUUUGCCCAAAGACCUCAAAGCCCCAAUUAUUCUACAGCACCAUCACAGUGGAGACCUAUUAGACCAGAAGUGAUUAGUUAUCAAGGCGUUUACAUUCAAGGGCAGGGCCAGAUGCCUCAAUACUCACAAUCUCAACAUCCCCUCCAUGCCACCUCAGCUCCAAGAUAUACUCCACAGAGUCCUCCUCAGCAAUUGCAUAUGCAGCCAGAUCCACAAGCUCAGAAACCUUUCCAAAAUGUUCAUCAACCAAUGCAAUACCAACAGCCUUGGAUCCAGCCACUAUCUCAAUCCCCAGUCAGACCCAAAAGUCCUGCAUCACAACAGUCCCAAACCCACCAACAGCAGUGGCCACAAAAUCCAACUGACACACUCAAGUUUCAAGUUCAGAUUCAGAGCCAAUCCCUAAUCGAACAACCUCAGGUUGUCCAGGUUGUACAAAAGCCACAGCUACCAGCACAGGAGCAGGACAAACGGCUGUUGGCAACUCAGAUCAAAGUUUCAGCUCCUGCUAGUGCUCCUCCCCAGGCUAAUACAGACGCCUUUACUGAAGCUCAAGAACUGUCAAGAAAAGGGUUUGAGAAGGCCAAGCACUGCCUACAAGAACAUAUUCUACAAAUUAUUAACAUAUUUAAAGAUCAGAAGAUAACAGAUGUGCAGCUCAAAGAGGAGACUCAAAAAACAUUGAACCCUGAGCUACUGCAGGAAUUCUUAAGAGCUGCAGCAGGAAUGGAGGCCUUCUGUAUGCCACCUCAGCUCCAAGAGAUAAAGUUCUUCACGCAGACAGUCAGAACACAGUGGGAGGUCUGCUUCUCUGCUGAGGGUAGUACAGUGCAGACUGGAAAGCAAAUGGAGGCUCUUAUGAAGCUGUAUGAGACAUUGAGUCCGGAAGAUGCACGCAGAUUGGCACUUGCUGACAUCCAGCAUCAGAUUAGCAGUGAUCAGAACACGUUGCCAGAUUCUAGUGUACCUGAAGAGCAGAAACAGGAGACAUCACAGCAGAAAAUUCUCACAGCCCUUCCAGAGAAACCCAUGGAAGUCUCUCCAGAGGCCACUCCAGUUAUAGCUCAGCGCCAGACAACUGUGGCAAAGAAAGAGAUCCUAAAGCAGACCAGCACCGAGGAGGAAAGGUACAGAAGUUCCAGGUUUGCACUUCAGGCUCAGCUGAACAGGAAUGAGCAGAACAUGCUGGGAGAACAUGCAGCCACGGCCACAGACCUCCAAAAGAGACUCAGAGAGUUGAAGGCUUUGCAGGAUGAAACAGAGUCUUUGUGGUCAGAGUACGACCUGCAGUGCUCUCAGUUUAUUCAGAUUAACGAGAGAAUGGUGGAACAGGACCGUGCUGAACUUACUGUUAAAUGGAAAGAGCAACGAGCCCACCUGCAGAGAAGGGUUGAUUCACUCGGCUCUGCUCUAGAACUCAUGGAUUCCAUUGAGCAGCACAUUGCUGAAAUUUCAGACCAUCUUGAUAAGUUCAUCAAGGAACCCAAAGAUGUUAAAGGAUACGUGCUGAUCAACACAGACAUCCUGAAGAAUGUUAAGGAUCUAGAUGAGAGUAUCCAGACGCAGAUGGACCGCCUCUCUCGCUUUGAUUCAGAGCCAAGCCACCUGGACCUGCGUGACCGCUCACCUCUUACCCAGCUGGUACUGAAGCACCGAUCCAGUCUGGACCGACUCCGGCACCAAGUGUGCAAGAGUGAGGCUGCAGCUCGUGCUCUAGACCGCUUCCUCGUGUCCUUGUGCACUGUCGACCAGGAUGUCCGGUUGGUCCAGAAUUCUCCCUGUGAUGACUUAACAGCUCUGCAGGAAAGCAGAUCCAAGCUGGGUCUAAUAAGAAAGGGAGCAGCAAGCCUGACUGAUAAAGCACCACAGCUAGAUCUGCUUCUGAAAGGAGCCCAAAUGGAGGUGACCCAAGAGGGGAGCGCUGUGACCUGCCUAAACAUGGUGGAGGUUCUGGUUAGGCAGAUAGAGGAUGUUGAUGACAAGCUGAUUAUCCAGCAGGAAGGGAUUCAGAAGGAAAAUCAGAGUCAUGGAUUGAAAUUAAGUAGAAACAAAUUGCUGGCGGAGCUGAGGAAGGUACUGGGGUCAGCAGAGACACAGGGGCUGAAGGAGCCCACCAUGCCAGCUGUGCAGCACAGGAUCCGUGCCCUCUCAGAUCUGGAGGCUCAGAUAAACUUGCUCCGUCCGGAGUACCAGAGCCUCAAGGAAGCCACCUCAAAGCUCUCUUUAAGAACAGUGGACGAGCUGGAGACCCUGUGGGAAGAGACAGAGAGAGCAGUGAUUGAAAGGCAGGAACAGUGCAGUACUCUAAUGGAUCUGUUGAAGAGGUUUCAGAGUUGUCGUUCUUCCCUGAAUAACAUCCUCCAGAGGGCUGAGCAAACCAUCAGUGAACAGGCUUCAUACAUGGGUAAAGACAAUCUCCAGCGCCUUAUUACCAAGGUUUGUGGCUUAAAAGAUGAUCUAAAUGGCCUGGGCCCUAACAUUGAGGAGUUUCGGGGUGUGUGCAGGCAGUUACAGUCUCAGCUCAAGAGACUUCCAGACUGCCCAGAAACUCCAUUUGAGACUGAGGCUGAUGCUUUGGUGGAUACCUGGCUGGAUGUCUCAGAGAAGACAGAUGCAUACAUGGAUAACCUGCGUGUGGGGUUGGAGUUGUGGGAGAAGCAGCUGAUGCUGGGAGGAGAGCUGGAGGUUUGGGCUGCUGCUAAACUCAACCUGUUUGCUCAGUCUCAUCCAUUCAGCACUGAGAAAGAGGUCCUUCAAGUGAAGGAGGAGAUUCAGGUGCAGGAGGAGAAUAUUGAACAGUUUGUCAGGAAGUCAUUGGAGAUCCAGGAGCUGCUCCAGAGCAAAGAGGCUCCAUUGGAAUUACAGGUGAUGGAAACUGCUCUUAAAAAGAAGAUGGAUCAGGUAAGGGAGCUCUUCUCAAGCUGCACCGAAGUCCUCCAGGAGCUUUUGAGUGUCCGAGCUCACUUGCUUCAGAGGAUUGACACCUGCAGGUCAGCCAUCCAAAGGAUAAACUCUUCAGUGAGCAUGCUCAGUACUGACAACAAAGACCAGCUACAACACCUCAUACAGGAUCUCUCUGAGCAGCUGUUAGAUCAGGAGGAUGAGGUAGAAUCUCUGAUGAAGGAAGUCGAUCUCAUGGGAAGUGUAACUGCACCUCAGGCUUUGGAGGAACUAUCCAAUCAGAGCAAAAAUCUUAAAGAUGGCCUCAUAGCAACGCAUGAGCUUAUUUGUAAGAAGAAAGAACAAGGAGAGAGAAGCUACCUCAUUCAGUCCAUUAAUGAUGAGUUCCAAAUGUUUGAGGACUGGCUACAGGAUGAACAGCUGGCUGUAAACGAGUGUUUCGAGAACCCAGAGAAGAGAGAAGACGUUGAGGCAUCUAUGCUAAAACUAAAAGACUUCUUGGUUUCUGGAGAAGGUGAGCAGCGUCUAUCUCAGGUAAAAAAUGCCAUUGAAAAGAAAGAUCAGGAGAUCCCUGCUGAGACUCAGGUCCAGCUCAGUACUUGGCAGCAGGAACAGGAAGGAGAGCUGUCCACACUCAGAGCUCACUGCCACGGGCGCCACAAACAGCUGGAAGACAUUCUAUUUAAACUCAACAGCUUGCAAGAAGAACGUGACCAUCUUCAGGAAUGGUUGGAGCAGAGAGAGCAGAUACCAGAGAAAAGAGAAAAACUCAGACAGGUUCAUGAGGACUUUCUUAAAGAAAGUGGACGAAUCGAAGCUUUCACUCACCUGCUAGCCUCUGUGAGGUUACGGGGACUGAGAGGAGACCCUUUACUCAAAGACAGUGAGUCCAUGGUUGAUCGAUACCACAGUCUUGGGAUUUGUCUGGAGAAUAAGGCUCAGGUCUUCAUAGCUUUGGAAGAGGAGGUAGAAACAUUUCACACUGAGGUGGAAAACUUCAGGACGUGGCUUAGAGACCUGAAACAGAGCAUGGCAUUGCUUGACAAAUCCAGUCCAAUAGACGAACAGCUCUACAAAGUUCAGACUGUUUUGGACCUACAAUCGGCGGGUGAUGCCAAGCUGGCAGCUUUGAAGAAGGAAGCAGAGCGUUUGUGUUAUCAUGAAGAGCUGGAGGAAAUGAGGCAGCAGGAACUUGUGCAGACUCUGAGAAAUGUAGACGAUGAGUGGAGAAGAGUUCUGGAUUUAGCUCAGCAGCUUAAAGCCCAGGCUGAGUUCCAACAAUCUCUCUUAAGAGAACUGGAAUCUCUUAAAGAACAGGAGAAGAACACCCGGUCCUGGAUAGAAGAACAGAUGCAAAAGCUGAACUCGAUUCAGGAAAGAGGCAACAAGGUUCAGGAUGUCUUGAGUCUUGAAUGUGAAGGGGAAUUAAAGCUGACGACUUUAAGAAAAACAGGAAAGAGCAUAUGUGCUCAUAAGGAACUCGGAAGUGACAAGAGAUUCAACAUUGAACAGAACCAGACAGAGCUAGAUGAUGAGUGGAAAAGGGUUCUGCAAGCUGCCAAGGAACUGAAGAAUUUGAUUGAUCAUGAGGAGUCUCUUUCAAAGAAACUAAAAAGCUUCCAGGAUGAGGCAGAGAACAUGCAAGCUUGGAUAAAGAAGCUGAAAGAGACAUUGGCAUCUCUAGACAAUGCCUCUCCAGCUGAGAUACUCAACAGAGCUCAGGCUGCAUUAAUCCAUGGCCCUGAGGGAGACUCCAAACUGGCCACUCUAAAGAGUACAGGCAACAGUGUUUGUGCAUCUGAGGGGCUUAAAGACCACCUGAAAGAGUCAGUCCAGCAAACACUAAGCAUGCUCGAGCAGGAGUGGAAAGAAGUGCUGAAUCAUGCUUUGAAGCUUAGGGACCAAGCCGAGUUCCAAGAGGCUCUGGAGAAAGAAAUGGAGGAUUUCCAUUUUCAAGAGGGGAACCUUCAAGCCUGGAUUGUGGAGCUGGAGCAGGGGGUUGAGUCACUUGACAAAGACACUCCUGUAGAAGAUAUACUUCUUGUAUCACAGACCGUCCUGAACCUGCAGCCAGAAGCAGAAUCUAAAAUAUUUGCUUUGAAAAGCAAAGGAGAAAGUUUGGGCUUUCAAUUGCAAGAGAGCCAAAAGAAUUCCAUUCAACAAACACUUAACGAUGUCCAGAAGAAAUGGGAGAAAUUAAUGGAACUUGCACAAGAACUCCAUAACCAGGCUGAGAUCCAGAAUUCUCUCUCAAAUGAGCUAAAAGCUUUCCAGUCCGAGCAAAAGAUGAUACAAUCCUGGGUUGUAGAGCUGAAGCAGGACUUGGAGUCACUGGGCAAAAGUACACAUGGUACCCAAGAACAGAUUGAAGCGAGACUAAGCAAAGCUCAAGCUGUUCUAAGCCUUCGUCCUGAAGGAAAUUCCAAGAUCGCAUCUCUGAAAAGAAGAGCCGAUAAUCUGUGUGGUUCUGAAGACCUGGAUGCUCAAAUAAGACACACGCUCCUGCAGAAUCUGAGGUCUUUAGAAGAAGACUGGAAGAGAGUAGUGCAGCACGCUCAGGAGCUUCACAGUCUCUUAAAAAGUGUGGUGGAACGGCUGGUAUCAUGCCAGUGCCAGCAGCAGCAGACUCAUUCUCGCAUAGAGCAGCUAAAGCAGCAGACGGCAGCUCUACCUCGCCACUUCCCCUGGCCUGGUUUAGGGGAGCGCAGACAUGCAGUGGAGCAGGCCAAGACUCUCCUGGACAAGACGAGCUCUCUGAGCCCAACUUUGUCUGCUCUCAGAGCUUUAGGCCGGGAAAUGAGCCAGCUUACACGGGACCCCAGCUGGACCGACCCAUCUUGGAUGGCCAUGGAAGAGUGUAUCCCAGGGUUAAUCAAAGACCUGACGGAACUGUGUGAGAAUCUGGAGGUAGGAAUUCACACAGAGAGAACUUGCGUACAGCUGGUGGAACAGCACAGUGCAGCUCAGGACUGGCUGAGAGAGCAAGUUAAGGGGUUUGGAGACGUGCCCACUGAUCGCCAUGGUUUACAGGGAUCCAUCAACACGUUAAAGGCUCUCCUUCAGACCAUUGAGAGGGAGCAGAAAGAGAUGAGAGAGCUGAACUCACUCAAAGACUCCCUAAUCAACUUCUGUACUCCGGGCGGUUGUGAUGCAUUGACAUUAGAGAUCAGCCAACUUCACAAUCUGUGUACGUCCUCAGAGAGUGAAAUAAGGGCGAGACUCAAUGUAUGUGAAAGCAGACUGGCUGAUAUUGAAAUGAGGCUAGCUAACAAAGCAGAAAGUCUAAGGUCUCAGGCGGAAUGUGUCCUGAAUCAGCUCAGAGAUCAAGAGAAUUCUCUGGGAUUUAAAGCUGGAAAUAAUUUUAGUCAACUCCAGGAAAACUGGCAGUCUUUAAAGAACGGUGGAAAGAAACUGGAGGAUUUGGAGGGCAAAGUUUGUGACCUGGGGCAGACCAUGCGCACAGUGCCAUCUGAUGAGAAUCUUCCCUCUAACAUCAUUUCUCUUGUAGACUCAGUGACACAGCAGUACUGCAGAUUGAGGUCCAAGCUGUCAGAAAGGCAGAAUGACUGUGCUGAUAGUGCAGUGCACUGUAUAAGAGAGGCUCUACACACCCUUCGUACCUGGAACCAGGCAGCCCACACAGAACCGGCUUCAGACUCAGUCUACUCCAUGCAGACCAUGUUAGAGGAAGGUGCAAAUAUGCAGAAGGACCUGCAGAUGGCACUAUCUCAUAAGCAGCUUCUUAUGGACUGUCUGGGUCCAGUUCUUGCUGAGAAGUUGGACAAAGAUGGAACGAGUGCAUUAAACGAUGCUGAUUCAACAAUUAAUAAGCUUACACAGCAGCUGAAGGAUCAUGCAGAGAAGAAGGAAAAGGAAGCUCAAAGCAUUCAGGUUUCCACUGAGGUACCAAACACUUCACUUACUACUAUAAAGCCUGAACUUGAUUGGGCAAAGACAGAAGAUAUUAUUCCUGCACCAAUGAACAUAGACAAACAAAGUACCAGAGAUAAUGAUACAUGCUUAGUGGUUCAAACUCUGCAAAAAGAGGCUUCUAUAUCAGAAGAAAUGACACCAAAUACGGAGUAUCUUACUUCAGAAGAGUCGCUGAAAACACUGGUUGUGACAUCUCAGCAAGAAUCAGCAGUUACUGACUUUGUCCAUCAAAUAAGUGACCCAACGAUGGGUGAAGCUGUUUUUGUAACAGAUAUUGAAGGCACUCCAGUAGAACAUCUCUCUGUUCCAAGAGUAGAUGAUCAUGAAACUGAAUUUAAAACAGAUGAUGUGCCAAAGUCAGCAUCAGCCAUGACUUCUAAACUACAAGAAGAUGUAAGCGAAUCUGCGGUUUCUGUAAGUCGUCCUAUAAUAAGUGAGAGUGAGCAAAUUAAGAUGGAACAGGAUCAGGUUAUAAAGAUGCAGCCUAUGUUGUCUGAAGAGCUACAUGAGAUUGAUACCUUGUUAGAAGAAAGACCCAUGGAAAUCCCCGAAUCUGAAAGUUAUGAAACAAAAAUUACACUAACAUAUGAUGAGAAGACUUCUGAAAACACAACAGAACAACAAAUGAAUACUCAUCAAACCUCUGAUUUACCACCCAGAGUGCCUCCUAUUACGCUUGAGUCUGAACUAGCCACACAAGUUGAUGAAUCUGGCAUUUUUAUAAACAAUCAAACACCAGAACAUAAAGUGUGUGACUGGAUGAUUGUGGAAAACAAUAAAGAGCAGACUGAAGGUGAAAAGGUGCAACCUGUGUUGAGUGAAGAACUUGAGUACUAUGAGACAUCUGUUCAGGAGAAACCCAAAGAGUCCCUUAAAUCUGAAUGUCCACUGACAGAGAGUGAUCAGAGUUACUUAGAAUCUGCUACAGAGAAAAUACUGUUUGAUAAAAUUACAUCUGAUACAAGUGAGCAUUUGGAUGAGGACAGUGAGGUACAAAAAAAUAAAGUUGCAGAGGUAAUUCUAGAUAUACACAAGGUACAUAUUCAUACUAAUGAGGUCUUAGAUGUGUCUGUGGAUACCGACAAUGAGACAUCACUUCUACAAGCGGAAAGUAUGAAUAGGCCCGUUUCAAAUACUGAAGAGCCAGAAGAAACAAGAAAAGAACUUUUAUCUGACAGUCAAAUCUGUCUGGAUAAAGAAUUAUUGAAAACGGCAUCCACUGAAGCAGAUCAGUUGCAAAUCUCCAGUGAAAGCAGUGAGAAAACUCCAGAACUUGUUUCACAAAUAAGUAACAACCAAAUGACUACAGACAUUACUCCAGGAAACAAUGACCUAAUUACUGCCAUUGCUGAGCAAGAGGAAACCUGGACGAGAGACAGUGACCCACAUGAAGCCCAUAGAAUAUUGGAGCCACUUGUUUUAGAGCAGUGGAAUGUGGAUAAUGGUCCUCGUGAGAUCCAACUUAGAUAUAUCAUUCUGGAAAGACGCGAGGGUCUAGAGAUACACGAAGAACCAAAUACAUGGGAGGCAACUGUGCCAACCAUGGAUGCUGCCACAAAUGAACCAGAAGAUUCAAAACCUGCAGUUACAGAAGAAGUUCGUCAAGAAGUUGAUGACACACUCAAAGGAAAAGAACAAUCAGAGGUCCUGAGAAUAUUACCAGUCAAACCACCUAGACAGAAACGAGAAUCCAUCACAAGUGAGAAAUUAGGUUUCAUUACUGAGGAGGUAGAAAUAGUAGAUGACAAGAUAAAAACGUCAGUUGGUGAGAGCAAACCCACUCCACCUACAAGGCGACGGAAAGAAACUGAUAGCUUGUUACUCAAUCUAGAUGUCCAGUCAGAGAUGGGACAUGUUCUUCCUGUUGCUUUAGGUGAACAAUGCGAAUAUGUUGAUAAAAUAUCACCAAAUACUGAAAUCCAGGUACCUGGUGCUGAGGUUCUCCCAACUCCACCAAACAGAAGACGUAAAACAUUGGGAGAAGAAAACCUGCCACUUGUUGUUGAUUCUCAGCCAACUCCACCAACUAGGAGACGAAAAGAUAAAGGUUUUUCACCAGAUCUGAAAAUCCAUCCAGAACUUCCAGCGGAACACCAUGGAGUGGAGGAAAAAUAUUCUCCCGAAUUGAAAGAGACCAGUGAAAAAAUAUCUGUUGAGCCUAUUGUAAAGCUAACUCCACCUGUGAGAAGAAAAACAAGCAGAGUACAAAGUGACAGUAUUUCAGUGAAAUCCCUAGAAAUGGAAGAGACAUUGAUAAAACUCACACCUCCAUCAAGAAGGAGAGGCAGCAGAAAUAUUGACCCUAUGGGCAGCAGAAGUUCUAGCAUAGUUGAUCUGGGGAAGACAUUGAUACAGGACAAAGGUAGUGAAGAGUUUCUUGUAAAACCAGCUCCACCAGUCAGACGAAAAACAAGUCAAGUAGAAAUUGAUGAGACACUAAUGAAACCCACCCCUCCAGUAAGGAGAAGAGCUAGCAGAAAUUUAGGCAAACUAAGUUAUUCUGAAAGUAAUUUGGCAGAAUAUAAAUCUGUUGAGAAGCCAACUCCACCAAUGAGAAGAAAGGGAAGCCAAGUAGACAGUGACAUUAUUUCAGUGGAUUCCAAACCCAAAAAAGUGGACCAAGCAUUGGUGAAACCCACACCUCCUACACGAAGGAAAGACAACAGAAAUGUGACAGACUCCAUUUCUGAAGAAAUCGCUAGCAGUAUUUAUGCCAGCACUGAUCUAGAGAAAAAACUGACACAAGAUAAAGCUGCUGAGGAGGAUCUAGGAAAACGAACUCCACCUGAAAGGCAAAAAGCAGGUCAAACUGUAACUGACCUUAUUUCAGUGACUUCCAAGCCCCAAGAAAUAAAUGAGAUGUUAGUGACACCAACAUCACCAACAAGAAGGAAAGACAUCAAAAAGGUUCCUGAUGAAACAGACGUGGCGAGUGAGGAUCUUGUAAAACCAACUCCACCAGUGAGACGAAAAGCAAGUCAUAUUGAAAGUGACAAAAUUUUGGGGGGUUCUAAACCUCAAGAAAUGGAGAUGUUGGUAGAACCCACACAUGGUGGAGAUCUGAUAAUGGAAGAAUCUAAAGAAAUUGUCAGUGAAGUGAAAGCUGUUCUGGAAGAGCCAACUCCACCAGUGAGACAAAAAGCAAUCCCAACUGAAAGUGAAACCAUUUCUGAUGUUUCCAAAAUCCAGGAAAUAAAAGACACAGUGAUACCAACUCCACCAACAAGAACAAAAGAGAAGAAAAGUAUUUCUGACAAAGUCUCCAAAGAAGGAACCAGCCAUAGUUCAAGCAGCACUUCUUUGGAAGAGACGGUGACACAAGAAAAAGCUGUUGAGGAAGAUUAUGUAGAACCAACUACACCAGUAGGACAAAAAGCAAAUGAAGUAGAAGGUAAUGCUGUGUCAGUGGUAUGUCAAGAACAAAACACGGAGGAGACAUUGGUCCAUCCUACAUCUGAUGUAAUGAAAAAUCGCACAAUUACAAGUGAUACAGGGUUUGAAGUUUCUGUGUCCCAGGUACAAGAAAGUGUGACUGAACCAACUCCACCCAUAAAGGAAGAAAAUGAAACAGAACAGGAGAAAUUCUCUGAAGCUGUUUGUACUGAACUUAAAGAUGCGCUUCAUGAACCUACUCCACAAAUUCAGCAAGAAGAUGAUAAAGCAGACCUUAAAAUGGUUCAAUUUGAGCUAGAAAUGCCACUAAACCAGCCAACCUUACCAAGUAGCCUCACUGAUGAAGACAGGACAGUGACACAAGUUGAGGCUGUUGAAGACAAUUUAUUAAAAGACAAAUAUGAUCAAUGUGAUACCUCUUCAGUUGUCCCUGAACCCCAAGAAACAGAAACAUUGGAGGAUGGUAUGAUAAAACCAUCUCUACCAUUGGCCCAAAAAGUAAGCCCAGCUGAACAAGAUAUUUCUUCAGUCAUCUCUAAACCUCAAGAAAUUGAAGAGACUAUGGCUAAACCUGAAAUUCCAAAAUCUGAAGUGCAGGACAAUGUGAUGGAACCAGCUCCACUAGUGAGCGAGAAGAAUGAUCAAACUGAUCGUGAAAUUGUUCCACUUGGGCAAGAGGUGCCACUAAAUCAGCCAACCACACCAGGCAACCUCAUUGAUGAUGACAGGACUGUGACACAAGUAGAAGCUGUUGAAAAGAAUAUAAAAUGUGAUACCCCUUCAGUUGUCUCUGAACCCCAAGAAACUGAAGCUUUGGAGGAUGAUGUAAAACCAUCACAACAAAUGGUCCUUUCUUCAGUCAUCUCUGAACCUCAAGAAAUUGAAGAGACUUUGGUUAAACCUUCUGAAAUUCCAAAAUCUGAGGUACAGGACAAUGUGAUGAAACCAGCUCCACUAGUGAGCGAGAAGAAUGAUCAAACUGAUCUUGAAAUUGUUCCACUUGAGCUAGAAGUGCCACUAAACCAGCCAACCUCACCAAGCAGCCUCAUUGAUGAUGACAGGACUGUGACACAAUUGGAAUCUGUUGACAAGAAUUUAAUAAAACGGGAACGUGAUGAAUGUGAUACCCCUUCAGCUGUCUCUGAACCCCAAGAAAUAGAACAAACAAGCUCAGCUAAUCAGGAUAUUUCUUCAGUCAUCUCUAAAUCUCAAGAAAUAGAAGAGACUAUGAUUAAACCUUCUGAAAUUCCAAAAUCUGAGGUACAGGACAAUGUGAUGGAACCAGCUCCACUAGUGAGCGAGAAGAAUGAUCAAACUGAUCUCAGAAUUGUUCCACUUGAGCUAGAAGUGCCACCAAACCAGCCAACCUCACCAAGCAGCCUCAUUGAUGAUGACAGGACUGUGACAAAAAUAGAAUCUGUAGAGAGUUCAGUAAAACGGGAACGUGACGAAUGUGAUACCCCCUCAGUUGUCUUUGUACUCCUAGACAUAGAAGAGACUUCGGUCAAACCUGAAACUCCAAAAUCAGAGGUACAGGAUAAUGUAAUUGAACCAGCUCCACCACUGAGAGAGGAGAAGGAUCAAACUGAUUUAAAGAUCAUUCCUGUUGAGCUAGAAAAGCCACAAACAACAUCUUCAGCAAGUGGUCUUGAAGAAAUUGUUGAGGAGCCUCUCGCACACCUAACUCCAUCUCUGAUACAAAAAGAUAUUGAACUGGAGCAUGUGAAAGCAUCUGCAGUCAGUCCCACUGUUGAAGAGGAUCUAGCAAAACCUACUUUGCCAGUUCAGCAAAGGAAGGAUCAAACUGAUGUUGAAAUAAUACCAGCUGAACUAGAGGAACUACAAAAAACAACAUCACAAUGUUGUCUUGCUGUUCUGGAGGAGUCCACAACACAAGAAGAAAUUGUUGAAAUACCUCUUGUACAACUAACACCACCUAUUCCACAAAAAGAUAUUGAACUACAGCAUGGUGAAGUAUCUGAAACUGUAUCUGCUAGCCCCAUACCUGCAGAAGAUCUACCUAAACCUACUCUACCAGUUUUGCAAAGUAAGGAUGAAACUGAUUUUGAGCUGGAACUGCUGGCAUCAUCUGGGAAAUCAUCUGAGAGUAUUCAGGUCCAACAAAUCAGUGAACUAGAUGAUGAAGUGAGCAUCGAGGAGAAGACUCUCAUCAGUCAGGAACAGCCUAAGAAAGAGAUCUGGUCUGAUGUGGAUCUAAAAUCCGCAGACGUUUUGGCUCAGAAUAAAAGCAUCAGUUUGGUUCAGGCUCAAUUGGAAGACCAAUCAAAGGCCUCUGGUCUGGAUGUCUCAGCUGAAGGGAGUGAAAGUCAGUUACAUCUGUUAGAGGAUGAAGAGCCACGUGGUCCCACAAUGAAUGCAGUUUUUAUCGAAAUUGAAAAGAUGUCUAAGAAGAGGCCAAGUAGUCUGCUAAUCGAGAGCAGGCUUCUUGAAGACCCCUUGGAGGUUCUUAACACCUCUGUUGCUGACCUUGAAGCUCAGUUGAACAGACUGUUGUUUCGCAUUCUGAGUUGUCGCAGCCUCCCCGCCGUGCUUAACCCUAUAGACAUGGCUAAACAAGUAGAGGAGGCUGAGUGUUGUAGACAAAGUGCUCAGAAGCAGAUCUCUUUCAUUUCAAAGCAAAAUCAUGCUAAUGGUGACGUCAGCCUCGUUGCCAAUGGCUCAGUCCAUGAUCCUGAGGCUAUGCAGCGAUUAAGUUGCCAGUGGACUGAGGCAUUAUGGGAUGCAACUGGGACCCUCCAUUCCAAGGAGGCACAAUUGCAGCUAGUUAUUGACUAUGAUAGACAGCAGCAGAAAGCCAGAGGUACUCUUGAGAAGUUGAAAGCUGAACUGGAGUCCCUAAGGAUGUAUCCAGUUGAAAGUAGCUUUGUUGAGGAGCAGAGACUGCGCUCCUUUUUGAGGACUAUGGAACAAGAGAGGACAGUUCUGGGAGAGCUUAUUCAGAUACAUUCCCAACUAUCAACCCACCUCAGCCAACCCGAGCGAGCAGAAGCAGAGUCACAACUCAGCAUCAUUCAGUGCAAAUGGAUGCAGCUACAAAAAUCUACAGAGAAAAACGUACAUCAUGUCAGCUCUUACACAAAAGAGAGUUUCAGCCUUCUACAGGACAUUGAUACUUUAAAAGACCAUGUAGAGAAACUUCUGAAGGUUUUCAUAAGAACAUCAAGGUUUUCAGUUGUUCACUGGGACAGCAAGAGGACACAAGAUAUGAUUGAGCUCAGUGCUGACCUUACAGCUGCACAGCAAAGCUAUUUUGACCUUCAGCAAAGAUUUGGUGCCCUCUCUAAAGAAUGUACCUUCAAGACUGAAGCCUCCAAUAUAGAGCAAGGCUUAUGGUGUGUCAAGGAUCAGCUGGAUCUGCUAAGUGAGCAGUUGGCUUGCUCAGUCCCAACCAGCAGCAAUCCAACCAUGGCCAAAAUUGUCAAAGUUGUAACGGAGGCCCUGGCCUGGGCUAAGCAGACAGGGCGUGACAUUGAAAGCAGGCAACGGAAGGUGUCCCUGCUUCCAGAAGAGGUCCACAGGCAGAUCAAAGAUCUAAAGAAGCUCCGUUCAGAGAUGAACUCUAAGCAGGCACAGUUAGAAACUCUGAUAGAGGAGGUAACAGACUUGAUUCCUGAGCUUGGUCAAGCUGAUGUUCCUAUGGUUACUUAUUUUUUGGAAACAUUGAAGUUUUUGUCAAAAACAACAUCAGAGAAGUUAAACAAGGCCAUGGAGGAGAUCCAGUUAAGUCUUCAGACUCGGGAAAAGAUUUCAGAGCAGAUGGCACUAGUGGAUUCCUGGAUUCUUGGCCAUCUUCUAAGGGAAUCUCUGAGAAGAGAGGAUUGUCAAAGCCUGAGCGCAGCAGAUCUCGAUAAAAGGUUACAACAAAGUCAGGAUGCACUUUGCGAUGCAGAAAAACAGUUUGCCGUCACAGAGGCUUUGCUGAUGAAGAGUAAAGACAUCGCUUCUGAGCUUAGCAUCUCUGAAAACACAUGGCUAUAUGAAAAACUCUCCAAGCUUCAGGAGGACAUAAAAGGCAUCAUCACUUUUGAGAAAACUUGCAGUAAGGAGAUUGCAAAUAUUUUACAGAAUCAAGACUCAUCAAAUGAGAAAGUCACUUCCUUAGAGCAGAGCUUGAGACAAAUAGUGGUAGAUGUGAAAGAACAUAUAUUCCCUGUUACUAAAAAUUCUCUGUCUACUGUUGAACCAAUUAAAUGCAUGAUUGUAGAGCACAAGCACCAGGUGGAGCACGUAACUCACUGCUCAGAGGACAAGAGGAAAGAGUUGCUAUGUUUGAUCUCUGAGAUCCACAAUAGAAUCAAUGCCUUGGAUGUUAGAGCUCAAAGUCAUGAAAGGUUCCUCAGCCUUAGACAACGUGUGGAAGAUCUAAAAGAAAAUAUUGAGCUCCAGGUCCCUAAAACUAAAGACAAAAGCACUGACAAAAAGGAAUGUUAUAAAAUUUGUCAGUCUCUGCUUAGCCAAAUUCCUCUUAUUAAAGUUCUUAAUCAGGAGGCAUCACAAGAACUUGAAAACAUCUCAUCUGACCUUCACCCGUCUCAGCUGACUGCUGAACAAAUGAGACUCAAACAAAAUCUUGAAAGUCUCAACACCUGGGAGAUGGCUAUUCAAAAUAACCUUCAAACGGUCGAAUGGGACGUUCUUCAAGGAGUCCAUUAUCCCUCAGAGGAAAGAGAAGUACUUCAUUUUCUGAACGAGGUGAAUGGAGUGCUGGAGAAGCCUUGUGUGGUGGAGCCUAAUCAUGAAGCGGUUAAAAGUGAACUUAAAAAAAUUCUCAAUAUUAAGAGGGAUGUUGAAGCCAGAAUGCAAGUUCUUGAAGUUCUAUUAAACAAAAAUGGAGUUGGACUUGAACAGGGGCCUCGAAAGUCAAAAUAUCUUGCAGACCUGGCAAUAAUGGUAUUAGACAACUAUGAGAAGAAAAUGGAGAAUCUUUCAAAAGCAAAUGAGAUGUUGAAAAACUAUUUUAGAGCGGUUGCCAGUACCAGUCAAUAUCUUCAGAGGAUUGAGUCAAUCCUUCUCCCAUCGCUAUGCUCACCUAGAAGCUGUUCAGAGAUGCUGAAGGACAUCCUACAGACCUUAUCAACUCUAGACUCAGAGUUCCAAUCCCAUGUCACCCAGCUUCAAGCUCUUGCUCCCUUUCACCCCUUGUUUUUAACACAGAAGAUAGAAGACUUUCAACUUGCAAUUCUAAGUCAUCUCUUGGUUCGAGUUGCCACAGUUAAAGCCCAGGCCCAGCUCAGACUAGAAGCUUUUGAGAGGUGUGUUAACCGCCAGAGAAACACCCGUACCUGCUAUGAAGUGUUCUGCCAAAGAAUCAGGGAUUUGGAAACUAUUUUAGCCGAGUGUGCUACUAAAAAAAUCACAUCUCAGAAGGACUGCUCUGACCAGCAGGAGAAACUAAAGACAUUGGUUGAGGAGGUAGACAUCCUUCCUGGCAGACUGAAAGAACUGUCGGAAUGGUGUUCAGUUCAGGGUUGUCGUGCUAACAGGGACGAUGCUGUGGGCUCCCUUUGGUGUCAGGUGGCUAGACUGCGGCGAUGUGCAAGAGAUCUCCUAGCACACUCGGGACAGAGGGCACAGGAAUGGAUCAGCAUCGGAAAGAGUAUGGAGAAAGCCUCUAUUGUGCUCAACCAAUUGGAGGCUGAUUUGCAGGAAAGCAUCGUACAGAAGGCUACAGGGGAGGAGCUACAUGAUCUGCUGCAGUUUUGGACUCAGUACCAGGACAGACUGGACUGCCAGCAGCGAGCUAUGUCUGCGCUGGAGUUACGUGCUGCAAGGCUAAUGAGAGUCCCACCUGACCUGGAACAAGCUCCGCCCAUUUCACUGUGCCAGCAACUGCAAACUAUGCAAGAGCGCUAUUACAGGUUAAAGGAUUGCAGUACUCGGGGGCAUAGGGCAGUGCAGGUGGAGAUGGAGGAGAGGAAGAAGACACUUGAGGAGCUACAGAGGGUUCAGGAAUGGCUUGUAGCUGCAGUGACUCUGUUAACAGACCUUGAACAAAAACCCAACACAGUAAGACUCCAGGAACUUCACUCAGACCUGUGCUCCCAGAAGGUGGUGCUGCAGCACAUCAUGGAGAAUCUAAAGGUGAAAUAUCAGGGUAUGGACUCUUUGGUUCCUGUGGAGAUUGAGGGCCCGCUACAGGAAGUCCCUGCCUUGUUACAGGCAGUAGAGAACCAGGUAAAGGAGGCAGUGCAGAAGAGCGGGCCACUAUAUCAACUGAAUGCUAAACUCUCAGAGAUUAAUGCAGGUCUGGAGGCAGUUCAGAACAGGCUGCUGAAAAAGUGUCCUAAUGUCCAAGAGGCUGAGAAUUCUCAGAAGUAUGUGUGGGACGAGUUGGACAGCUUACACUCUCGCCUCACUGCUGUGGAAGUGGAGCUCCAGGACCUGAGUGAGGAGAAAGAGGAGAUGCAGGCCUUUGCUGAGAAACUGGCACACACUCAAGAGCAGCACACACGUCUUUCCAAACAGGCUGAAAACAGGACCACUCUCCUCAGCAAGAUGCCAGGUUGGAUUCAGGAGCAUGGGGAGAUGGUACAGGGAUCUCAAAGCUGGAUUACUGAAUCUCUGUCGUGGCUGAAUGCAUCAUGUACCUACACCACUGCUAAAUGCCUGGAUACCCACGCUAAUGCUCUACAGAUGGUUCUCAAUGACUCAGAGCAGAUCCGGAGAACGUUGCAGGGAUUCGAGAGCGUGUUGAAGGACAUGGCGAGUGUGUGUGAUGUGCGCAGCUUACAGCAAGAGCUGAGUGAAGCAGAUCAGCGUGUGGUGGACAUGCAGAACAACCUGCUCGAGCUCCUAAAUAAACUAGAACAUGCUUCGGCUGAGAUAGAUGCUAUGGAGUCUGAGCUGAAGAUCAUGGAGAAAGACGUGAUAGAACUCAAAACAGCACUUACUUCCAAGCAGGGCAUCACUCAAGACAAGUUUAAGACUGCAGUAGACAGAAUCGAGCUGAUGAAGAGGACGGUAGAUGAAAUGCAGAACUGUAAGACCGGACUGGGUUUACCUGAAGGAGCAGAAAACUCUUUCACUGUGUUCAGCAAGGCUGAGCUCCUGUUGAAAAAACUACUGGAGCUAGAACAGCUGGCACUAGAGCACACUGUUGUGGUAGCAGAUCCAUGUGAGAUGCCCUCAACCUUCCGUGUUCCUCCUACCAUCAUAGAAGAGGAGACUCAGGAUGAUGGUUCGGAGCAGGGACAGGUGGAAAUAGUACACAUGAGAGAGGACGUGCUGACGCAGUCUGGAGCCGUUCUGAUGACCAUAACUGAGUCGACUCCCGAGGAGAGAUUCGGCCUGGUGGCUCAAACUGAGGACUCAGAGAGAGAUGAGAGAGGAGCUGCUGCUGCUACCACUACUUCAACAUCAACAGAGGCUGGUAUUAAGGAAACAGAUCCCAAGGAAGCUGAAGUUGAGUGUGUGGCCUCAGAGACGAGUCCAUCAGAAGCUGCAUCUGAAUCAGAGGCUACCGUCCGAGCACAGUCUCCCUCCAAAGAGCCGGAGCGUGGUGCUCAGGAGGGGGAGCAUAUCAAACCAGAGGUGCUGAAGAUGCACACCAGCGAAACACAUACACUCAAGCAAACUAUAUGCACACUGUCACCCAUUCAUCUAGAACAGCCCAAAGAGUCCAAAACCUUAAGCGCAGAUUCUCAAGGACCUCUGACCUUACCUGAGGCGUCUGACAAUUUAACCAAGGAUCCACUAAGACAAAAAAGCUCCAAAGAUACACUCACGCCAUGCCUUACCCCUUCUGCACCUUCAUUAGAGGACAUGGCAACCAAGGCAGCACACACUGAGCCCACGCAGUCUCAGGCCACAUGCACACCUCACCAGAGGACAGCCAACGUCCUGGUCACAGGUGAAACCCAGGAUUCAGGAAUUCCUGACGGCGAGUUUCAUUCCUGCCAUGAGAGAGCAGCGCAGAUGGAGGUCUGGCUGGAAAAGGCUUGGCUCAGUCUGGAUAGUGACAUGCUGCAGAGUGUAGAGCAACAGCUCCAAACCUGCCAGGAGAUGUUUGUGGAGAUUGAGGAGAAGGUGGCGAGUGUAUCUGCACCGGGUAAUGAUGAAGAGCAGAGAGCACUCAGUGCCAAGCUGCAGCUCCUCAAGAACAACCUGGUGACCUUUCAGCUUCUGCUGCAGGAACGAUAUACUGAGGAGAAGGCGUGUGCUGAGCGAGAACGCCCCCUUCAGGCUAAGCUGAAACGCAGUGCCAGUGUGCAAGAGAUACUGAGCUCAAGCAAAGCCAAACUUUUCAGACAAAACAGCCUACAACAGCAGAAGGAGUUGGAGCAGGGUCUGAGCGAGCAGAGAGAUCUGACCAAAGUCAUUGCAGCACAGGGGAGCAGAGCCAGACUGCAGAGUCUAACUACAGAGGAACAAGCAAGAAGUGGAGAUCAGCAUCAGUAGAGAGGAAGCGUAAUGCAACUGGGUAACUGGAUACGACUAGAUUGGGAGGCUUGCUGUACCUACAGUAGCAGUACCUUUGAAUGAGCGAGGACAGGAAGGGGCAGAGUCAGUACAAAG